UUACCUUCUUACAAACCAUGUCGCCUUAGAAACUAAGUGCAAAACAAAAAUAAACAAAUCUAUCGCUUUAUCCAAAAAUAUAAGUGGAAUAAUGCAUUUCACACCGUUUCCGAAUUUAAAAUCGUAUCAAGUGGCGGUGCUUAAAUAUGAUCCAAUUAAAAUAUAACCUCAUUCACGUUUUAAAAUGUUUGACAGUUCCAAUUAAGCACACAAAAUGACGUCAGUGACGUUUUUUCGCGCCAAAAAAUCAAUCAUGGCGGCGAUAUUUCCGGUCGUUUUUUAUCUAUUCAAAAUCAAAAUGAAAUGACGAAACUGAAUUGUGUUUUGGCGAAAAUGUGAACUAGUGACUAGAAUUUUGGUACUGUGAUUUAUAACUGAGUGUUUGUGAUGUGUACUGGCUGUGGAUAUUUAUAAAAAACGGAAAAUGGCGCUAAAGCUGAAAUACACAGACGAGCACGGGAUCCUGCACAUAGACAUGUCGCCCGCGCACAGCCCAGAAAAGGACAUAACAGAUCCGAAAUUCGACACAAUCAACCACCGCUUCGGCCAGUACGACCUUUUCGGCGCGAAAUACGGGGAGGGGGAGGCCCACUCUCUCUUCAGAAGCCGCUACAACAGUCUCGAAGAGGAACUAGCUAACACGCCGUACGCAUUCGCCACGGAGCGCUCGCUGCGAGCCAGCGACCCUAUAUUGGACAUAACGAUUGAUUCGAUCGACAAAGACGAUCUGUUCGGCCCGAAAAUCGACUCGGCGUUCACUGUGACGCAGCUGGUGCACGCGCAGGACAGAUACUUCGACCUGUCCAAUCGGAAUUUCGAAGUGAAAAGUGCGCCGAAUUCGGCGAGGGUCAAAGUCAGUGUUGGUGAUGCGUUCCAGGUUAUUUCCAGGGAUGUGAGCGAGCCUGCUUCUUUGCCAACGGUGCCUAUAUCAAAGAGGAAGCGAGAGAAAUCCUUCGCGAUAAUAGCUGAUCCUCCCACAUCGCGCCCGGCCAGUCCUCGCUCGCUCCCUGUUGAGAUCAAACCUGAGAGAGUCUCGCCCUUCAAAGGUCGAGGCUUUCGUGAAGAAACAUCACGGCACAAUACGCCAAAAACCUCUGCUGCCAACUCAAGGGCUUGUUCCCCACCAAGAAGAAGAACCAACUCCUCAUCGAAGACAGAGAAGAUGGCGCAGACUGCGACGUUGCUCCCACAACCCCUGCCAAAUCGACCACAUUCCCCACGAAAUUUUUUAAAAGAAAACAUGGCAGAAAUUAGAGAAAUUAGUGAGAUAAAUAGAGAAAAACAUGAAGCAGAAGCAGAGAAAAAGAGAAAAGAAGAGGAGAUUGCGCUACUUAAAGAAAUGGGACUAAUAGACAAAAAAGGUGAAGUGAAAAGUGUUGUAAAUUCUAGAACAAAUUCAAGAAGUAAUUCACCGAGCAAAAUUAAUUUUAGAUCAAGAUCGAAUUCACCGUCUGCGAUUUUAUGUGUUGAAAGUGUGAGAGGAAGUUCAGAGUUAUUAAAUGGUGAUAGUACGAAACCUGUUUACAGAUCUAGAGUGAGAUCAAUAUCUAGAUCACAACCAGAAUCUAAAAAUGGUUCCCCAAAGCAUUCAAAAAUACCCAAACGACAAAAUUCUGUUUCUCCUUCCAGAAGUAGGGCAAUGAAACCAGUAAGCAAUAACUUAAAUAAGAAUCAAAGAUUUAUAUCAAAUAGUACGAGUAGUAUACAUGAAACUAUUAGAAUUGGCAGUCAAAUUCAUGAUAAAAGAGCGAUACAAAGUACUCAAAACUUGAACAUUGCCCCAUCUCUUAUUAAAGGUAAACCACCAAUUUCACCCGCCAAAAAUGGCCCACCUCCAUCAAACAAAUUAAUAAACGCUAAACGCUUAUCUCCUAUAGUCGGUACGCCAAGUAAAAGCCCCAUAGACGACCCUAAGCCUGGUUCCGCUAAACCACCUACAAAGACUUCUGCUAUACAAAAGAAACCCGUAAAAACAACUGGAAACACACCUGCGACGUCUAGAUUAACUUCUAGACAGACAAGCAGAACUACCAGCAGAGAUCCAAGUCCAGAUAAACGGGUGACGAAUAAAAGUGAAAAUAAACCUAAUCUUCCAAAGCCCAUUACUAAAUCUGCUUCUGACAAGGCGGCAACAAAACCUGGUCCAAAUAAAACUGAGCCAAAAAAGCCUGUCAGUAGAACAAAUAGUGUUAAAAACUUAUCAAGGACACCAAGUACAAAAAACUUAAAUGACAAGCCACCCCUACAGAAAACUAAUAGCAAAAAAGAUCUAAGUGAUAAAUCAAAAUCGACUAACAAAAUAAACGUCAUUGGUACUACAAGUAGUAGAAAAACGGCACGCAGUGACGACAAGAAUAAAAAAGAAAUAUCAAAAAGUAGCAAAGAUAGUGUAGAUAUUGUAAAAAACAAAAAUGGGGAUGAAGUAACAACCCAGGAUAAUGAGACCCAGUAUGAUAAAAUGUUAAAUGAAAAUGGUGAACUCGUUAUCUUGACAAAGAAAAACGUAGUGUCUAUGACGACAGCUGCAAUAACAUCUCAGCCUUUAGAAGUAGUGGCUACUGUUACCAAUCAAUUGCCAGCAGCUCUUGAAAAGGCUCGAGAAAAAGGUAUGUUUGAAAGACUCAGCUCCAAAGAUUCUUUGAUUGUAAAAGAAGAAGAAAAGGAAACUUCCGAAAUAAAAGAAACAGUCGAAUCGAAAAUGGAAAAAGAAGAAAAACGCCCACCAAGGCAUAAAAAUUCUGAGAAAACAUUAUUUACAGAAGAUAAUGUUAAACUGAAGUUAUUACAUCCUCCUUAUAAUAACCCUCAAUUAGAACGAGUAAAACAAAAAAUAGAAGAAAUUUUAAAGGAGCCUGAAAUCUCUACAGAAAAUAUAUUGUCGUCUGCAGGUAAAGUAAGGGAACAUAAAGAGAUUAUAAAACAAGUUGAAGACACAAUAAAAGCAGAUGUAGAAGAAGUGAAGGAUGAAGCUUCAAUCAAAAUAACAGAAGUGAAAGAUCAAGUAAUGAAACAAGCGGACGAAACAUCUGCAGAAAUUCGUUCUGAAGUUACAAAAAUUGUUGACAGUAUAAUAACACCAGUUGGGGAACCUAAGGAUACACUAAAAGCUAAUGUUAAAGAAAGUAUUGAGCCCCUAGUGAAAGUUGUGAGUGAAAAGAAACAGGAGAUAAAGAGUGACAUAGAAAAAGUCAACGAGACCUUAGUCAAAGGAGAACCAGAUUUAGAAGUGCAAAAUUCAAAUUUGCCUGCACAUGCUGAUAAAAUAACAAUACACGUGAAGAAGGCAGACGAGCUUUCUGAUAAAUCUGCACACAGCAAUGGCGGAUUCCCUCAGAGCACAAGUACAACGCCAAAACCACCGGCCAGAGCGCACCGUCAGCCGAAAGAAGAUAAACAACCAGAAGACGAAACAGAUAAUCAAAAUGAACCAGAGAAAAAACCAAACAUAUGCGCCCGAUUGGUGGGAAAAUGCAAAGCGUGCUGUUCUUGUUGCGCAAAGCAAGAUGCCGAAGGAGAAAGCGAGAUGGACGAUGGGAAAAAGAAGUUUUGGAGUUCCAUGAAUUGUAUGAAAAAGAAGGUUCCAGAAGGUGAAGUUGAACGCGCGGCGGGAAAAACGGCGACAAUAGAAUUCGAGACGGAAACGAAACGCAAGCGCAAGCUGCGCGACAUCCUCUGCGGAUGUUGCCAGCGACGUCGUGUCGCCGACGUGUCGGAGCCGGCGCGUCGCAUGGACGCGUCGUCGCCGGUCGCGUCGUCGCAGGUCGUAACUGAGACCGGGUGCUGCGGAAAGAAAAGGGAGUUUGAGAGGCGAGACAGUAUAUUAAGCGACCAGGCGCCUGCCACAUGCUGCAACAACCGCCUCUGCCGAUGGAUCCGUGGGGCCUGCAGGCGGAACACAGAACCUCCUUCCAGCAGACGGACCAGCUUAUUCUCGAAGAACAAGAGCCUGUCACCCACUUUGCCGCCAGAGGACACUAGAACAAAGCUAGACGCCUCGCUGGUGGAACACACGAGCGUGAUGCGCGGUGCCAUCCCUGUCUUACCCCCGGUGCUGGCGUAUUUCUGUCUCGUUUGCAACGUUGUUGUACCAGGAUUGGGUACACUUAUCAGCGGAAUGUUCUGCCUGUGCUUCGGGAUCCCGCGGUUCGGAGUGCACGACGGAGCCAAACAUAGAAUUGGUUCGUUCGUAAUAAACCUGGUGGUUGCGUGCAGUCAGCUGUUCACGGUGCUGUUCUGUCUCGUGGGGUGGGGCUGGUCCAUCUGGUGGGGGGUCAUCAUGGUCAAGAUAGCACGUAAAUACAAGAAGCUGAAAGCAGAAGAGGCGGCUGCGGAAGCGGAAGCCGCACCACCUGUCACCGCCAACAACCACACACGAGCUUAGAAUAUCCUAUACCGGUUUUGAUAUGACUUUGUCGUCACCGAUCAAACAAUUUUGUGAUUUUUCUUGAAUCGCCUUUUUCAUUGGACGACUGUAAAUUACUAGAGAUUGAUUUAAUAGGAAAUGUGUAGAAUGAUAUGGAUGCUGUUAGAAUGUGCAAUAUAUUUAUGGGUACUUAUAGACCUAACCUUAUCAUGUUAACAAAUAAACAACUAAUUAUUAAAAUAAAGUUACAUCGACAUGUACCAAUGAGCUUUUAGCAAUUUUCUCGAUUGAUGUGAACGACCAAUUGUAUUGACUCAUACUUUGAUAAUGAGUAAAAUUCAUGGAUUUACAAUUUUCCAGCGCUAUGUAAUAGUAUAUAUAAAAAUUAAACAACAAUAUGUUUAAUGUGUAUGUAAGUAAAUGCCUACUGCUACGAUAUUGUAGCAUCUUUUAACAUUAUUUAACUAAAAGUAUU